CUCUCAAAAUUCAGCUGCAGCUAUUCAGUCAAAACUUGCCGUGAAAAUAGCCAUACCGCUUCCCAAUUUCAGAAGCCGCAGUCUGCACAUUUGUAGGGUUAACGUAAUAAUAUCGCGGCUGCUAAGACAGUUCUUUCCCAAAAAGUCAAGAGCCCCUACUGCAUCUUCUUAAUCUAUAAAAGCUACAAGCAAAUACAUAAAGCCUAAACCUUCAAAUCGUGACGAGCACCUAUAGCAACAAAUAAUCAGUAUUCAAAAUUUUGGUUUUUAUCACGAUGAAAUGAAUUAAAUAGUUUAAAAAACUAUAUAAUUGUCGAUAAGUAUUUAUGUAAUGUAAUUGUAAUUAAAUUUAUAGCUGAUUUUAUGAAGUAAUGAUUUUGGAAUUAGGUCCCAAAGCGAAAUAGUAUAGAAAUAAACCCUCCUCCAUCCAGGAAGAGAGUGUUGUUUUUCUCUGAUUGCUUCGGUAAGGAAUGUGAAUGAAGAAAGUGACAUAUUUUGGGCUAAGAAUUUGGUUUUUAACUGCACUUAAAGGGCAAAACUGGAAAAUUUAUCUGAUGUCUACUGGCCACUGGAGGCAACUUAAUUGGUGGCUAUAAAUUUGCCUGUAGUGGCAAAUUUCGUAAUAAAGAUCUCUCUGCAUCCAUGAGUAUUUCCAUCAUUCAUUCAACAGAGAAACAUUCUCAAAAAUUUCAACACCAGUGAAAGUGUAAUAAGUUAAUUUUGUUACACACAAAUAAUACAAAGUGGAACAAUAUCUGUCUCAAUGAGCAACAAUUUACUUCUACUUGAUGUUCAUGCUGAUGAAAAACCUUUUUCUUGUGAAGUAUGUAAUAAGAGGUUUUGGCAGAAGCAAGAUUUAGAUGCUCACAGACAUGUUCAUACUAGUGAGAAACCUUAUUCUUGUAGUAUAUGUAAUAAGAAUUUUUCAAGUAAGAGUAAUCUGACUUGGCACAGCCGUGUUCAUACUGGUGAGAAACCUUAUUCUUGUAGUAUAUGUAAUAAGAGUUUUUCAAGGAAGGGUAAUCUAAUUACACACAGUCUCACUCAUACUGGUGAGAAACCUUAUCCAUGUAGUAUAUGUAAUAGAAGAUUUUUGCAAAAGAUACAUCUAAAUAAUCACAGUCUCACUCAUACUGGUGAGAAACCUUAUUCUUGUAGUAUAUGUAAUAAGAAAUUUUUAAAGAAGAUACAUCUAAAUAAGCACAGUCUCUCUGAUACUGCCGAGAAACCUUAUUCUUGUUGUUUAUGUAAUAAGAAUUUUUCCAGGAAGGAUUAUCUAAUUACACACAGUCGCACUCAUACAGAUGAGAAACCUUAUUCUUGUAGUAUAUGUCAUAAGAAUUUUUCAAGAAAGAGUAAUCUGACUUCGCACAGCCGUGUUCAUACUGAUGAGAAACCUUAUUCUUGUAGUAUAUGUAAUAAGAGUUUUUCAAGUAAGGCUAAUCUAAUUACACACAGUCUCAAUCAUACUGGUGAGAAACCUUAUCCAUGUAGUAUAUGUAAUAGAAGAUUUUUGCAAAAGAUACAUCUAAAUAAUCACAGUCUCGCUCAUACUGGUGAGAAACCUUAUUCUUGUUGUGUAUGUAAUAAGAAUUUUUCCAGGAAGGAUUGUCUAAUUACACACAGUCGCACUCAUACUGGUGAGAAACCUUAUUCAUGUAGUAUAUGUAACAGAAGAUUUUUGCAAAAGAUACAUCUAAAUAAUCACAGUCUCACUCAUACUGGUGAGAAACCUUAUUCUUGUAGUAUAUGUAAUAAGAAAUUUUUGCAGAAGAUACAUCUAAAUAAGCACAGUCUCUCUGAUACUGCCGAGAAACCUUAUUCUUGUUGUAUAUGUAAAAAGAAUUUUUCAAGGAAGGAUAAUCUAAUUACACACAGUCGCUCUCAUACUGGUGAGAAACCUUAUUCUUGUCGUGUAUGUAAUAAGAAUUUUUCCAGGAAGGAUUAUUUAAUUACACACAGUCGCACUCAUACAGAUGAGAAGCCUUAUUCUUGUACUAUAUGUAAUAAGAAUUUUUCAAGGAAGGGUAAUCUAAUUACACACAAUCGCUCUCAUACUGGUGAGAAACCUUAUUCUUGUAGUAUAUGUCAUAAGAGUUUUCCAUAUAGUUUUGAUCUAACUAGACACAGUCGCAUUCAUACUGGUGAGAAACCUUAUUCUUGUUUUAUAUGUAAUAAGAGUUUCUUGUAUAGGCAUGAUCUAACUAAACACAUUCGCGCACAUACUGGUGAGCAACCAUAUUCUUGUAGUAUAUGUAAUAAGAAUUUUUCAUAUAAGUGUGAUCUGACUAAACACAAUUGCACUCAUAUUGGUGAAAAACCUUGAUCUUGUUAUUUAUGUAGUAAUUUAUUUUUUGUGUGAAUUUUUUCAUUUUUACAGUGGCGUAAGUGUGCUUACUUUUGAGUAAUUCAAACUUUUUAGUGAGUGUAAUAAAAAGUUUUUCAAAUAAAGUGAACAAGCCUUUCA